GUAAAUCGGUGGAGUGGAGAGAUGGGGCUCGGAAGGGGCGCCCUGCACCGCCUCCCAGGCGCACCUCCCCCGGCCGCCGACCGCUCCCCGGAACCGUGAUUGGUCCGCCCCCCACCCCCGGGGGCGACCCCGGACCCUGCCCCCACCGGCGGCCGGCCCGCUCCUCCUCCUCUCAGCGAGUCCUGCCGCUCCGAGGCGCGCUUGUUUUUCUCCAGCUCUGCCCGCCGCCGUCCCCUGCCCCAAUCUCGCCCCGCCGCCCCUCGCGCGCCCAGGAGCCCCCGCCCGCCUCGCCCGCCUCGCCCGCCUCGCCCGCGGCCGCUGCCUCCUCUUGCAGCUUGCCUCGGCGCCGCUGCCCCGCACCUUACCCCGCGCCCCGGCUGCCCUGCUUCCCCCUCCUGCUUGCGGCGCCCCCUUCGUCUACGGCCGCUGGCCCCCCACCCCCAAUCAGGCCAUCUCUGGAGAUGUGAAAAAAGGGGGGUGAGCGGACAGGAAGAUGAAGGGAGCAAAGCUGCCCGCUGCGGGACAGGCGUCUAGGUGAACAGGAAAAUGACCGAAGAAACACACCCGGACGAUGACAGCUAUAUUGUGCGUGUCAAGGCUGUGGUUAUGACCAGAGAUGACUCCAGCGGGGGAUGGUUCCCACAGGAAGGAGGCGGGAUCAGUCGCGUCGGGGUGUGUAAAGUCAUGCACCCCGAAGGCAGUGGACGAAGCGGCUUUCUCAUCCAUGGUGAACGACAGAAAGACAAGCUGGUGGUACUGGAAUGCUAUGUAAGAAAGGACUUGGUCUACACCAAAGCCAACCCAACGUUUCAUCAUUGGAAAGUCGAUAAUAGGAAAUUUGGACUCACUUUCCAGAGCCCUGCUGAUGCGCGAGCUUUUGACAGGGGAGUGAGGAAAGCAAUCGAAGACCUUAUAGAAGGCUCCACGACUUCAUCUUCCACCAUCCAUAACGAAGCCGAGCUUGGUGACGAUGAUGUUUUUACAACAGCUACGGACAGUUCUUCGAACUCCUCUCAGAAGAGGGAACAACCUACACGGACAAUCUCCUCCCCCACAUCCUGCGAACACCAGAGGAUUUACACCCUGGGCCAUCUCCACGACGUGUAUCCCCCGGACCAUUAUCACCUCGACCAGCCGAUGCCGAGGCCCUACCGCCAGGUGAGCUUCCCGGACGACGACGAGGAAAUCGUGCGCAUCAACCCCCGAGAGAAGAUCUGGAUGACGGGCUACGAAGACUACCGGCAUGCACCGGUCAGGGCCAAGUACCCGGACCCCUCGGAGGACAUGGACUCCUACGUGCGCUUCGCCAAGGGCGAGGUCCCAAAGCACGACUACAACUACCCUUACGUGGACUCCUCAGACUUUGGCCUGGGCGAUGACCCCAAAGGACGAGGGGGCAGCGUGAUCAAGACGCAGCCCUCCCGGGGCAAGUCCCGGCGGCGGAAGGAGGACGGCGAACGCUCACGGUGCGUGUACUGCAGGGACAUGUUCAACCAUGAGGAGAACCGGAGGGGCCACUGUCAGGACGCACCCGACUCCGUGAGAACUUGCAUCCGCCGCGUGAGCUGUAUGUGGUGCGCAGACAGCAUGCUCUAUCACUGUAUGUCGGACCCCGAGGGGGACUACACAGACCCCUGCUCGUGCGACACCAGCGACGAGAAGUUUUGCCUCCGGUGGAUGGCUCUUAUUGCCUUGUCUUUCCUGGCCCCCUGUAUGUGCUGUUACCUGCCCCUUCGGGCCUGCUACCACUGCGGCGUGCUGUGCAGGUGCUGCGGGGGCAAGCACAAAGCGGCUGCGUGACCCAGCGCUGCCCUCCCGUCCUCCUCCACCACCACCGCACCCAACCACAAGGGAACCUGUCGUUGGCAUCGUCGUCGUCACUGUCUCUGUCUCUCGAUGCGCUCUUGUUCUCCGCCGGGACCGUGAGGCGCCAUUCCAGCCCCGGGAACCUGCCCGGGGGGCUCGCGGCUCCGGACGCCACCCACCCACCCACACACACACACCCAUCACACAGUCGUCUAAGGAAAGGAACCUUGGGCCCAGACUCUGGUGUAUUCUUAACAUUCUGUAAUCCAGUUGUCUUAUUAUCCACGUCUCCAUCUCCUGUCUUCCCUACCUCUUCCAGUUCAAGAGGCAUCUGAGGUGGGAACCGCCGAGUCGGGGUGGGUUUUUCAGACCUGCAUCUUCCUCUCAGCUCGGCAGCAGGUUCCUGCGGAAAACGAAUGUCUGAAUGAUGCGACCCUUCCGGAAGUAUUGUAACCUGCAGUCAGUGAAUAAGGAUAGGAGGUGAGCUGGUUUACAAACGUGUACUACCACACAGCGCUUUCAACUCUUUAAAGCCAAAUUUCCCGACGCUGCAGUUUCUCUCUUACGUCCCUCACUUUCUGUUGUCCCUGUGUACCCCCUCCCCCCACCCUGCAAAAAAAAAAAAAUCUAUCGAAAUUGUUCAUUGAUGCAAAACAUUCACCCAUAAAAUGAGAAUUGAGCCUUAACUUCAGAUUAACUCGUAAGAAUCAGGACAAUUCCUUAAACUGCAUUGCAUUGCAUCUUCUUGGACCAGGACUAGAAGGGCAGUUUCAGGUUUCAAUGAGUCUCCCUGGUUACUAACCCCAAAGCUGGACUUUUGUUUAAUAGUUGCGUCACCACCACUUCUUUAAUUAGCAAUAUUAAAGUAAGAGUAAAUAUUACAGUAAUAAAUCUUGCUCGUUGUUUCACGAGCCAAAUAGUCUAUUCCAACACAAACGAGUGCCCUGGAAGAAAGUUCCGGUUGAGCCGCAUGACGGUCUCAGUGAAUAAAAGUGUAGGAGCUUCUUUUCCUCCUCCAUUGGUUAUUUUAUAUUAACAGGAUGGGGGCUUGGAUUUUAGGCGUGAUCAAUCUAAAGAGUGGUGGGUCCCAUUUUGGUUUGUGGGUUUACGUGCUCAUUUUCGUUUUGGACUCGAGUUUGUGUCACCAAGUUCUACGUUUUUACUUGGGAAAAAACAAGGCCAUAUGUAAAAACCCUUUGAUACCUAAGUGUCUUUCUGCUGCAACUCCAAACCCAGACUUGCCACUUUGCGUGCUCAGGUGGUUAGGUCCACCAACCGGAUCCACCUGAGACCUUGCCACGUAGGAGGCUGCUCAUUAGCUGGGAAAGAGUAUUUUUCUAAUAUAUUGCAAGGAAAAGCCAAAUCUUCUUAUUGAAGAACAAGGAAAAGUGAAAAGUGGUUACCCAUACCUAGCAUAGUACAAUCAGAACCUCGUGGAGACCACGGGGGACAGCAGGCCUGUCACUGCUGGCUGUUCUUCCUGCCACAGCCAUUCUGUGGUCAUUGCCAGCCCAAGGCAUGCCCCUGUCCUGUCCCUCUCUCCUCGCUUCCCCUCUCCGUUUUCUAUUGCACACAGGACAUCCGUCUUCAAGGAAAGUGCUAGCCAUGCUUAACCCUCCUGGGAAGGCGUUCAGCCCACCUGGGCUCAUAGCCCAUCCCGUCUCUUUGGCUUACAUGCCCAAUGUGCUUAUGUGUUAGCUGGCAGUGUUGCCAUGCAUUGGAGUGACUGGUGGGACUUGCCGGUCUGCCGUCCGUCUGCAUCUGAGCAAGGAGUGUGAAGUCCUCUGGGCAGCCUUCCCUGGACGCUGUGGAGACGCCAUCUUCCCACCUGAGGUCUCCCUCGGGGUCUCUAUAAGGUCUCCUCUCUACAAAGCACAACACUAAUGUGUGUCCUUAGACUUCCGUUCAAGGGCCCCCUAUUUAUUUCAAUCAGAACACCCCUGUGGGAGCGACCUUUGUCACCUCUGUUGUGAUCCUUCCCACCACCCCUUCCCACCCGCAAAUGUCAGCUCUGCAAAUCCUUUUUGGUUCGUGAAGGCAGCGGUUAAGGGCACAAAGACAAAAGACGGCCAUGGGGACAUUAAUGUAAAUACGUCUCUCCAAGCGCCACCCUGCAGCUGUUUUAACAGUGUGUAGUGCUUUUCCGGUCAGCUUUGCCACCCCAGUGUCAAUCAUUGGAGAAAAUUACUCAGAUUUUAUUUUUGUAUUGGUGGUAACAAAACAUUAACCAAAAGGUUUUCUGUUCGGAAGCUUCCCUCAACCAUCUCCCCAUUCCCUACUCAAGCUGUUUGCUCACAUUAACAGAUUAAAAGUGCCUGGGACAUGAUCCAUUCUUUCCUUGUAUGUUAAAAACCCUGUUGUAUUGAUUUUUUUAUAAUAAGCCUUUUUACCUCUGUGUAAAAAAUAUAUAUACAAGUGUAUGAUGUACAUUUUAGUUCUUAACUUUUUUUUAUGGUUUCUAAUAUGUAUGACCAAUGUAGCCGUUGCUUUAAAAAUGUACCAUGUAAAUAUAAACACAUCCUAU